ACAUUGGUGUGAAUCUCUGCAGCGCGUCAAGGCACGGGGAAUUUCCCGACGGGAAGCAAGUUGAGCUUUAAUGCCGGGGAUUUGCAUGUUUUGUUUCGUUUUUGUUUGUUUUUUUCAGUGAAGAACAAGUAAAGCAAGUGUUCUGGUAGAAAUUUGCCCAAAUCUUUUUCUGUCUCUUUCUCCUGGUUUCCGUGCUGUUGUGCGAAAUGACGUCACGGCGGCUUGUGACUGCAAUGGCGGCGCUGCGCGUGUCAAUCAAGUCGUCAAUUUGACACAAAUGCCAAGAAGCGAGUGAGGCGAAUCCGGUCCACCUACAAGGCAACAUGGCGGCAGACGAGCACUUCCUUCCUGUCGGCAGUCAGAUCCUGGACUCGCUAAUGAUGGAUCCCUCGUGGGACAUUCCACAAUUCCCUGUGCUGCAGUCGCACCCGGCGUCCACCAGGAUGGGGGACGGCCCCUUCCUCCACAUUCUGGAGCAGCCAAAACAGCGAGGCUUCCGCUUCCGUUAUGGCUGCGAGGGUCCGUCUCACGGCGGCCUGCCUGGAGCCACCAGCGAGAAGAACAAGAAAACGUAUCCCGCCGUCAAGAUUUGUCACUACCAGGGUCCGGCCCGCGUGGUGGUCCAGCUGGUGACGGCGCUGACGCCUCUCCCCCGACUGCAUGCGCACAGUCUAGUGGGAAAGCAGUGCGACAAGGGCGUUUGCAUCCUCGACGUGGCCCCCAAAGACGACAGCAUCACAUUCCAAAACUUGGGCAUCCAGCACGUGACAAAGAAAAAUGUGGCCAAGACGUUGGAGGAGCGCAUGUGCGAGGCGGUCCGCAUGGGCUACAACUUCGGGGUUUCCAUCCACCCAGAUGUCGACACCCCAUGCGCCGAAGCCCGCGUGCCCCGACAGCUCUCCGAGCAGCAGCGUGGCGCGAUCUGCGGCGCGGCAUGUGUGCAGGCCAAAGAGAUGGACCUGAGCGUGGUGCGCCUCAUGUUCAGCGCCUUCCUCCCCGACAGCGACGGCGCCUUCACCCGGCCGCUGCACCCCGUCCUCUCGCACCCCAUCUACGACAGCAAGGCUCCCAACGCAUCAAACUUGAAGAUAGUUCGCAUGGACCGUACGGCAGGUUGCGUGAGCGGUGGAGAGGAGGUCUACCUUCUGUGUGACAAAGUCCAGAAAGAUGACAUCCUGGUGCGCUUUUUCGAGGAAGACGACUCAGGUCUCACUUGGGAAGCUCUGGGAGAUUUCUCUCCCACGGACGUGCACAGACAGUUUGCCAUCGUGUUCAAGACGCCCAAGUAUCGUGACCAGAACCUGCAGAAGCCGACGCCGGUUAUGGUGCAGCUCAAGAGAAAGUCGGAUAGCGAGACCAGCGAGCCCAAGCCUUUCACGUACCACCCGCAGAUCAUCGACAAAGAGGAGGUGCAGAGGAAGCGUCAGAAGACGUUACCUAACUUCCAGGACUUCAGCGGCCUCGGCGGCGGCGGAGGAGUCGGCGGCAAUCUGUAUCGAGGAGGCCCGGGACCAGGAGGAGGGCCAGGCUCCGCCGGAGGCGGUUACUUCCAGGGUUUGUCCGCGUUCAGUUACGGGAGAGGAGCUGGAGGCGGAGCUUGUCCCACCGGCUAUGCGACAAGUCUUGAAGGAGGCGGAGUCAAAAAUGAGAAUUCUCCUGGCAACAUGGCACAUGACAAUGACACCGACAAAGAUCCCGAUGACGGGUCAGGAGCCCGCGCUGUGACGCGCCCACCGCAGCAACAGCAACUGCAGCAAGAUGUCGACGACGACGAGGCGACCAGCAAGCACGCAUCGGCCGUCUUCCUGUAUGCCGCCACUGGCGACGCGGCGUACCUGCUGGCCUCACAGCAUCCCCUGAUGGCGGCGCAAGACGACGACGGAGACACGGGACUCCACCUGGCAGUCCUGCAUGGCCAGCAGGGGGCACUGGACAGUCUCACCCGGGUGCUCGCAGCGCUGCCGCCGGGAGACCGACUUCUCGACAUGAGGAACCAUCUCUACCAGACCCCUCUCCACCUGGCGGUGACAACGCAGCAGCCGGCGGUGGCGCAGGCGCUGCUGGCGGCCGGGGCCGACCCCACGCUCAGUGACCGCCACGGCGACGCGCCACUGCACUUGGCCGCGCGGCAGGGGGGUUCCAUGCUGCGCUUGCUGUUGCGUCAGCACGCCGUCAGACGAAGCGUCGACGACUGCAACACCGCCGGUUUGUGCGCCAUCCACUUGGCCGUGGCGUCCAAUCAGCUGCGGUCGCUGCGGGAGCUCCUGGAGGGCGGGGCCGACGUGGAGGCUCAGGAGCGGGGCAGCGGAAAGACCGCCCUGCACCUCGCCACCGAGGCCGACAACGUAUCGCUCGCCGGCUGCCUGCUGCUCGAGGGCAAUGCCAAGGUGGACUGCUGCACCUACGACGGCACCACACCCCUACACGUUGCCGCCGGGCGGGGCCUCGUCAAGCUAACGGCGCUACUCAUGGCGGCGGGCGCAGAUCCUCACAAGGAGAACCUCGAGCCGCUUUUCUACAAGGAUGAAGACGAUGAUGACGAAGAUGAUGAUGAGGGCUGCGUUCCCGGGACCAGCCCCAUCAACAUGGCCGCCUCCGAGCAGGUGUUGGAGCUUCUCAGCGGUCAUGAGUACCAUCCCAAAUGUCCCAGUGUGGCUCUCCCACCUCACGGCGACCUUCAGAGCCUGGGAACCUCGGUGAAGACGACGCUCUGCGGCGCCGUGGCAAACGACGCGUGCUGGGAAAACCUGGCUGAUGCUCUCGGUCUGGGAAUCCUCAAGACCGCAUUCAGACUCAGCUCGGACCCCGCCAAGACGCUCAUCGACUCCUAUGAGGUGUCUGGCGGUACGGUGCGAGACCUUGGAGCUGCUCUCAAAUCAGUUGGCUCGUGCAGAGCGCUGAGCGUCCUGGAGGAGGCGCUGUGUGACCAGAAGACGGGCGGCGAUGGCGGCGGCGAUGGCGGCGACAGUGACGGCGUGGUGUGCGCUCAGCUGGAGGACCUCAAGGUGGACGUCGGACGACAGGACGGGCGUUUGGACAGUGGUGUGUGCGACAGUGGGGUGGAGCUUUCCAUUGCGUGAGUGUCUGGUUGGUUGCCGGAAGACUGGCAGAUGCUCAUAGACACCACCCCUCUCUGCCCCACCCACCCCCUCUCAUCUUCCCAACUGCAAAGACCAAUUUGGGGGCAGGAAGUACAACUUGAAAUACAAUCGUUGCUUAAAAAGACAGCGCACACGAAUGCACUUGCAUGUAUGCGCACACACAUAGGUAAACUCACGUCAUCGCAGAAACCACUUUGGAAGCAUUCAACUUGUUCCAACUUGUGGACCAGUUUGGAGUGGAUGGCCGCGCACACGUGUCGACAUUCAUACCCGUGCUUAGUGAGGAUGCGUGCACACUCCUUUCUCCCGUACGCCUGAACAAGGAGCCACUUGGCAGACACUCCUUCAAAUGUAAAUCUUUUAUCCGUCACCCGCUCAGGAACUGAAGCUCUCAAAUACUCGACCACGGAAACACUUGCAAAAAAAAGAGAGAAAAAAAGCAUUUGUAAUUGCUUGAAUUUUUGCAUAAAGCGCUCCAUGGUUCCCCCUUUGUUUCGGCUGUCUUCUGUCCAGUCUUCAUUUGGCAAAUGGAUGCUCUCGAAUCUCAAACAUUUCCUUUUUUUUGUCCAGGCCCAGGGAAAGCAAAGCAGCCCCAAACCAAAAUUAAGUCCUCCACCAUCAGGGUUUGGAGGAUUACUUUCAAAAUGUAUUCCAAUAGUUACUGGUUUACACCUGAUUAAAAAAAAUAGUUGGUCACAUAAUGUUAGUAACAAAAUAUCAAAGUAAUCUAACUUGUAAUUACUUUUGGAUUACUCCAAUACCAAAUGUGCUAAUAAAGUUGAAGGGAGAGAAAAUACAUUUGUCUGGUCUUUUUUGUCUGACGAAUUUUUAAGGAUCUUGUUGGUUUUUGAAUGCACAAGGAACCUGCUGUUUUUUUGAUUAGCAUAAUAUGCCAGCAAGCGUUUUCGUUUAUAAUUUUUGUUGUUGUUUUUACGAAAUCCAAAUGCCUAAUUCUUUGGGGGGAGUGUGUUGAGGAACCCUUGUGCCAGUUGCCCGCAUGUCAAUCGUGCAUAAAAUUCACUCUAAGAUCCUAAGUCGUUUCAGACUAAUUCACAAGCUAGUUGGUAGCGCUAAAUGCUCGUACCAGCAUUGAUGAAGACUUAGUUGAAAAGCCUUUUGUCCAUACACCGUUUUUUUUGUCAUCUCUUGAAUGCUUUGAAUUUCCCGUCUUUCACAAGCAAUCGUGGAAGUGACCAGUGCAAGCAAGGUCGCUGAGAAAUAAUGGACUGGUAAUAAUAAUGGGCCACUAAUAAGGACGUUCUCUAUUAAAUCAAGUGGAACGGAUUUCAUAGCUACACAAGGACUUUCACCAUGAAGUGAAGGAUGCCCGUAGCAAGAUCAAAAACAAUCUCAUGGACUGGACUUUUAGAAACACUCUCAAGAGUAAAUUGCACAUUUGUUGAAAGGAAUGUAAGGUGCUUCAUGAAAUGUUUUGUAAAAGAUACGUUCAUUAAAUUUCAACAUUUUCCAAA